UUAAGAAUGAUGUUGUUUAUGAUCCACCGUGAGAUGCAUGAUCAUGUAAGCUAUCAACUAACCAUUCAGGGACGAAUGUAACCAUGCCUUCUCCGCAUUUAGCUACCCUAUGCGGGGAAUUGCCUAAGGGGUUCUCCCCAAGCAAGCUGUCUACCAACCUACUAUAUGACCUCACGGAGCUAGGAUCCCGGCGGCUAUUGGCCACUAAGUCAUUUUUCCAGAUAGCCAUCCAAAUUUUGCCGGCUGCUCGCUCCACUCAGCUAGGCUCCGUUUCAUCAACGGGGGCCUGGCCCGCGUUGAUCCCCCAUAUAUCUACAUUACGUCGAUACGCGCCAUCCCACAGGGGCGCCCUCGCCUCAGAUCCAGGGCACACUCGCGAGCAUAGUGCCUAGAAAUCCCAUAGUGUCGGAAAGAGAUUACUUUUCCCGGUGGGCCGUAGUGAGGGGAGAUGAUCGGCGGUUCUGCGCAAGAAUCUGGGGGGCGAGCGAAGGGUCGGCGUGGGAUAUUUUAAGGCUGGUCGGAUUCCGGAUUGCGUGCUUCUCUUGUACUCUUCUUUUUUCACUUGGUAGUCACGACUUUGGGUUGGAUCUAUCAUAUAUCGAAGAUACCUGAGAAGCAAAGAAACUAGGUAGACGAUGCAGCUUUCCACGAUCCUAGGCCUCUCGGCCUGCCUGGCGGGGCGCCUGGCGGCGGCGCAGGGGGCGUCGGGGACGGGGCAGACGACGCGGUACUGGGACUGCUGCAAGCCGAGCUGCGGGUGGACGGAGAAGACGAACAGCGGGAAGCUGGUGGGGACGUGCUCGAAGGACGACCAGCCGCUGAACGACAACGGGGCGACGAAGAGCGCGUGCGACAGCGGCGGGUCGGCGUUCAUGUGCAGCAACCAGAGCCCGUGGGCGGUCAACGACACGGUAAGCUACGGCUGGGCCGCCGUCCGCAUCGCCGGCCAGACCGAGACCACGUGGUGCUGCGCGUGUUAUGAGUUGACCUUCACGAGCGGGCCGGUUAGCGGCAAGAAGAUGGUCGUCCAGGCUAGCAACACGGGCGGCGAUUUGGGGUCUAACCAUUUCGAUCUUGCGAUCCCCGGCGGCGGCGUAGGCAUCUACAACGCGUGCACGGACCAGUACGGCGCGCCGUCGAACGGGUGGGGCGAGCGGUACGGCGGCGUCUCCUCGCGCGAGGCCUGCGACGGCUUCCCGGAGGCCCUGAAGGACGGGUGCUACUGGCGCUUCGACUGGUUCGGCGGCGCGGACAACCCCGGCGUCGAGUUCAAGCAGGUCGCGUGCCCCGCGGCGCUGGUCGAUAAGAGCGGGUGCCAGCGGAGCAACGACGCUAUUGAUGAGACGCCUACGCAGGAUUAAUGAUUGCAUACCUGGUACCUGACUACCUAACUUGCGGGAGGUAUAGGUGUGGGGGGUUGUGGGGGUCGCGGAGGGAGUGGGGAGGUUCGCGGGAGGUUUGGUGUAUAUAGGUUGGCGGGUUAGAUAAGUAUAUAUAAAAUCGCAACUAUCUGGCAUUCGAUUAUCUUAGAAUUCAUCUUACAGAUAUACCUCGGCUUCUUGUAGUUAGAAAGAAGAGAUCGAAGAGAUCCCAGACGACGGAAUCCACAGCAGAGAUGCGACCAUGCUAAUAACUACGACAAUGUGGUAAAUAGCAGAUCCGCCCCUUAUCGCGUAAACACGUACAUUUGGAUUCUCCUUGAAUUAUUCGGACCUGAUCACCCUAAUCCAAACAAAGUUAUAAGGUCUUUUAGGUGAUGAUAGUUGACUUGCACGUGUGAGAUUGUAUUGUUGCUAUCGCAUAUCAAAGUGUGGCGAUGAAGCCCCUGACUAAAUUCAUUCUAGUUAGACCAUGUCGCGAAAGAACCGCCAAGAAGUCUAUAAUAUCAUAAUAUACUAA